AUGUAUCCUCUCAAGUCUAAAAAAAUUAUUGCCCUUAUAUCAUGUGUCUUUACUCUGUGGGUAACACCAUCACUUGCCAUGUUCAUGAAGGGCAACCUCUUUGCUCACAAUCUUGAUGAAGAUCCACGCAUACCCGAUCCAAAAGUUGUGAUGGAUGGAAUCAUGCAACAAUAUCAGGCAUUAGCCAGACGAAAAGAUACAAAGUUCAAAGGCGUUGUGAAUGUGAUCACAUAUUUUCCUGAGCGCCAACAUGUCAGCGGUGGUUUGUUCAAUGAAGAUGCUCUUGCUCAUUUCCAAAAAGGAUUAGACCAAUGGACUAAAGUCCUCUUGAACGGCAAGGUGGUUGAGAGUGAAAAUUCAAACGAGCUUGUAAUUCAGAUGACAGGUCGAUUUACAAAUGCAUAUAACAUACGGUUCCCACAAGAUCGCAAACAAAUGAAUCACCUUGCACGAUUUCAUUUCAAACCAACAGAAUCACAUUACGUACUUUCUAUGAUUAACAUAGUCCAUGGAAAACAUCAUGUAGGCUGUUCAGAUGGUCUUGAAGCCGAGAUCAAUGCAGAGAUUGAAACCUUGGUACAGGAAUUAAAAUAUUUGCAAGCUAACCAAUAA